AAAGCACCAAAAGUAUGGCUACAAAACACUAUUUGUCCAAUAUAUUUUUUCUUAAAUUAAAGUACUUUAAAUGUAUCAGUAUUUAUUAGGUUCUCACGCAGCGAAGAGAGAAAGGUCACGAUCUCGAUCACCAAGAAGAAAUGAGGACAGAUUACAGCAUAAAAGGGACAUUAAAGAUGAAGCAAAAGAUGAGACCCAAAGUUCCAAAUCAGCAGAUAACGUAGGCUUAGGAGCUAAAAAUAGAUUAAAAAGUAUAAGUAUACAGAUGAAAUUAGGCGAUUCAAAGAAAGCUCAACUUCCUAAACCAAAAAUGACAGUGGCCAAUGUUUUCAACCAAGAUAGCGACAGUGAACCUGAAGAAAUGCCGGCCAUUGCUAGAAUGCGGAUGAAGAACAUAGGAAGGGACACACCAACGUCAUCUGGUCCCAACUCUUUUGGUAAAACAAAGCAUGGAUUUUCCGAUGCUAAAAAGUUGUUUGAAAAGACUCUAAAAGAAGCAAUGGAGAGUGCAAGAGCUGACGAUUAACUUAUUAUAAUUUAUGAAG